AUGGUAGCUCUCAAGUCGUGUCUUUUGUUCCUUGCGCUAGGCGCACAGACGCUCGCUGAGCCAAACAAGCUGGCAUCAACAUGUUCUACCAUUCUUGGAUCAAAGACAGUAAAGAAUGUCCCAACUUCAACGGGCACACUGAAAAAGAAUAUCACUAUUGUCAAGAAGGUUAUUCGCAAGGUCAAUGUCGUUGUUGUCCCACCCGCCAAGAUUACAACCACCGUCGAGACUUCGACUGUCAAAUCAACCACUACAAACCUGGGGCUCACAUCCACUACAACCACAACAGUCGACUUAUCCACUGCUACCGAAUUUAGAACCUCCUGGAAAAUUGAGACAUCAACCACCAGUUCUGUCACAACUAAAUUCAUCACCACGACGAUUGCUCGACCUCCUUCGUGGAUACCUAUUAAGGAAGAUCCUGAUUGGGUACCAAGAAAGCGUGCCGAAAAGAACGAUGGGUUCGUUGAUGUCGAGGCAUUGACGAGUAACCAACUCCCACAGAGCGUUCGUUGCGUCAAAGAGAUCCCCAACUACUCUACCAAGACAGUUACCUCGACAGUGAAAGGACCCAAGAUCACACUCAAAGCUGCCACCAAGACCAAAGUUUCUACUGUUCCCACAACUAUCACAAUCACGGAUUAUCCCAAUGCCAGAGUAGGUAAAACUGAGACUGUGUAUCGCUCUGUGACAACAACUGUUCAAGACGUUACCUCAACUAGCACUAUUCCCGAGACUGCCACUGUCGAGAGUCUCAUUCCUACAGCUACAGCCUAUGACAUGUGCUCUGAGGAUAACAUCCUAACUACCGCGAACGGAGGAGUCAGACCUGGAUACAUUAGGCUGCCUCAUCCAAGCCUUUUUAACCCUAUCCAGAUAGGGGUUGGCUAUACCGGAAAACCAUGCUGUAUAGCAUGUGCAUCCAACCCUCUUUGUGUCGGCUCGUAUAUUGAGGACGGUGUUUGCAAGAUUUAUGUUCCCAAGGAUGGUGAUGUGUGCGCCAAUGGUCGUCAAGACGAGGUUGGAGGCUAUAUGACAUACCCGGAGCAGGACUCCGGAUUUGAUAUCCUAUUCAGCAAUGGACCUUGUGGUCAAUUUAAGAACUACGGUAUAAGUGACAUUUCAGAUUAG